AUGAAGGCCUUCAGUGAUCUUCGUGACAAGGCUACACAAGCAGUUUCAGGUAAACCGCAGCAGUCUGAGGAUGACCACCAGUCUCUCGCAACUCUGCUCUCUCGAGAAGAAAGGGCAGAGCUCUCGCUUCUCAUCUCUCAAACUACUGAAGAGAUGAGAAGAGACCUGACUAAGGUCUUCGACUACAGGCCUCCUGUCACUGCCAAGCCCCAGCCGAAAGAAGACGAGCAGAAAGCCAUUGACUUGUCGAAGCUGACCCUCAAUGAUGCUGGCUCGACAGUCAGCACUACGGAUCAGACAGACGCACAGGUGAAGGACGAUCAGGAGCAGCAGCAGCAACCAGAGGAGGUGGUCAGCACUCCUGAGUCCAAAGCUUUACGCUCGUCAGCGCUUGCCUUCUUCGAUACUUGGGCUGAUUCUGUCACACUUCGCGUUGGAGAGGUGAUCAACUCUCGGGACCAUGCCGAGCAGUCGAAAGACCACUCCCAGACCAAGGCCCUGGCCGACCAGCCAGCUCAGAUACAGUUUCACCCUACGUCCAGAGAGAAGCAUAUUGCUGAGAAGACUCGCGAUGUAUACUCGGCCGUCGACACACCACUUGCAAGAAUGAGCCACCUCGAGCGCUCUACCAUACUGAACGCUCUUCUCUUGCUUCUUCUGUCGCUUGAGUCGUACCGCUCACAUUCUCGUACGCUUCUUAUCCGGCUUGCCGUGUCAUUACACAUCACUCCCGCCGAACUGACCAAGAUGGAGACCGAGACUGCCUUCGGUCUUCUUACUGCGGCAGCAAAGAUGGACGCUUCGAGUCAGACAGCCAAAGCACAAGAAAAGACUGCCGCAAGUCGCAGUUGGAAGAUCGGCGUGGCUGGUGUAGCAGGCGCAGCACUCAUCGGCAUCACAGGAGGCCUUGCUGCACCGUUCCUGGCCGCCGGUGUCGGGACACUCAUGGGCGGCCUUGGUCUGGGUGCAACCGCAGCGGCUGGCUAUCUUGGUGCUCUCGCGGGCAAUGCCGUAUUGGUCGGGGGGCUCUUCGGCGCAUAUGGCGCUCGUAUGACUAGUCGGUCGAUGGACAGAUUCUCAAAGGAGGUCGACGACUUUGCAUUUCUGCCCGUCAAUGGCUCAUUGGAGGAUGCCGAGGAAGUGCAAAAGAAGCGCCGACGACUCCGACUUACGAUCGGCAUCACUGGCUGGCUUUCCGAAGAUGAGCAGGUCACAGUUCCAUGGCGUGUCUUCGGCGAAGGAGGAGAACCGUUUGCACUCCGCUGGGAACUUCAGGCUCUGAAAGACCUUGGUAGCGCCUUGAAAGACUUCGUGAUGUCUCAGGCGUGGUCCCAGAUCAAGAAAGAAGUGAUCAAGCGAACUGUCCUAGCUGCACUGUACAGUGCCGUAAUGGCCCCGCUGGCUAUCAAGAAGGUCAUCAGAUAUGUCGAUAGCCCUUUCGGAAUAGCAAAGGGAAGGGCGAUGAAGGCUGGCGAAGUCCUUGCCGACGCGAUCAUCGAAAGAGUUCAAGGCGAGCGACCGGUCAGUCUCGUGGGCAUGAGUCUGGGAGCAAGAGUGGUUUACAGCUGUUUGCUCACGUUGGCCAAGCGCGAAGCGUUUGGUCUGGUGGAGAAUGUUGUGAUCAUGGGCGGCGCUCUGCCGAGUGAUGAGGAGGCUUGGAGAGCCAUGAGGUCGGUUGUCUCUGGCCGGCUGAUCAACGUGUACAGCAGCCAGGACUAUAUCCUCGCUUUUCUCUACCGGACAACCUCAGCCCAAAUCGGUGCGGCGGGUGUUGAGGCCAUCGAAGGCGUCAGUGGUGUGGAAAACUAUGACAUGAGUGAGCAGGUCCCCGGACAUUUGGCAUAUAUGACGAGGACAGGGAGAAUUCUAGAGCAUGUCGGAUGGGAGGACAUCGAUGAAGAAGUCCUCAAGAAGCAAGAGACCCUGAACCAGCAGGUCGACGCUGAGGCCAAGGAGGAUCAGGAGAAAGGUGAGGAACCAGAAAAGGCAUUCGUGCAAGCAAGUGCUGCAGCAUGA